AACUGUUCGCGGAUGGGAUGCAUGGGCCAUGGCGCGUUUCGUGGGGCGGCGUACACGACGGCACGACCACGAGGAGCUGCGGGCGGCGCGGCAAGCCCGCUGAUUUGCCGAGCACCGCGCCGUCGCCGCCGCGCGCGCGUGCAAUGGGCAAGGCGAUUGUAGGAAGGGCGGCGAAGGCCUGAGUACGAGCUGUUUGAUCGCUUUGCAGCGAAGAGUAGGGAAAGGAGAAGACGUGUGCUCAUCCGAAAAUUUGAGACGAGAAACGGGCGAUCCGCGCAGGCUUCUUCCGGUGCAUGCAUCGCGCUCCAGUUUGCAGGGCACACGGCAGUUUUCCGAGCCGUCUUGAGUCUUGACGAAUCAGGGCAAACCACGCAUGGGAGCAAGCAAACAGGGGUGAGGGGGCGGCUGGGACGGUGCGCAUGCCAAGUCGUCAAGGAAGACUGGAAGAGAUUCGCUCACCUCACUCACGAAAGCACCCAUGCAAUUUUAAACUGUUACCCAGCGAGCGCCGUGCCCACCAUGCUCGCGCGAUGUCUAAAAGCUGAAGAUACGAGGUCGAACAUCGCCAGCGACCAUAAGUUCAGAAGAGCAUCCCGGCCCGCUCACACCGACACGAUCGAGAUGGCGAUCAGCCUCGCGCGUCUCGGCCUCGCCUUGUCCCCGUCCUCUGCGCCGGGAGCCGCCGCCUUCUCCAUGCCUUCCAUCGUCCGAUGCGGUGGCAAAGUCUCCCCGCCCCCGGCGAUGCCCGCUUGCCCCGGCGACCCCGACUUCGACAAGAAGGCGUUCAGCCGCGACAUCGCCCGCGGCGACAACUACAACCGCAAGGGCUUCGGCCACAAGGAAGAGACCGUUGGCCAAAUGAACCUCGAAUGCACCAGUAAGAAGUAAGAACACGUACUCACACUAACUUUGCUCAACGGUUCCUCUUCCAGCAACGUGUGCUCAUCGAUCGAUCCAUGCAUAUUUGUUUCUGCAGGCGAGCUGAUCAGUAAGGUUAAGGAGAGUGGGGACGAGUAUGCGGCUGUGGGAGGGCUGGUGACCCUGAAGCUGGAGGAGGCGCACGGCUUCUGCAUGGGCGUGGAGCGCGCCGUGUAGCUCGCCUACGAGGCGCGCACGCUGUUCCCGGACCGGCGCAUCUGGCUCACCAAUCAGAUCAUCCACAACUCCACCAUCAGUAAGGUAUACACAUGAUCCAUCGAGU